AUGGCUUCCGACACCCCUCCCACCAAAGCAGAUGACAAGGAGAUCCAGAUUUUGUCAUCAAAUGUGGACUCCGUCGCUCAAGGUCAGAGCCGCAUUCUGCGCGCUCCAGAGUAUAUACGGCAAAUGAGCCCAGAAGAGCGACGAAAAGCAGAAGAUGCUUUACGAAAGAAAAUCGAUAUGCGUUUAAUGCCUAUGAUUGUUAUUAUGUACAUUAUGAAUUACUUGGAUCGCAACAACAUUGCCGCUGCACGCUUAGCAGGGAUGGAGAAAGAGCUACACUUGUCAAGUACACAAUAUCUGACUGCUGUCAGUAUUUUGUUCGCAGGAUAUACGGUAAUGCAGGUUCCGUCAAAUAUCUUCCUCAACAAGAUUGGCAAGCCAGCGAUCUAUCUUCCCACAGCCAUGACGAUUUGGGGUGUGAUCUCGGGGCUCACGGGUGCGACACAAAAUUUUGCCGGGUUAUUGGUGUGCCGUUUGUUUCUGGGUAUCAUUGAAGCAGCCUUCUUCCCAGGGGCUCUCAUUUCUGGAGCAUUCUCGGGUUUGAUCGCUGCUGGUAUCGUGGAUGGAAUGGAUGGGGUACAUGGGCUCCUGGCUUGGCGCUGGCUAUUUAUUCUCGAAGGGGCUAUUACUGUUGUAAUUGCUCUGGGAGGUUAUUUUAUUCUUCCUAAUUUCCCAAGAACAACCAAAUGGUUGUCGCAAGAAGAGCUCCAGCUUGCGGUUUGGCGUUUGGAAGAAGAUGUCGGAGAAGAUGACUGGGUUGACAGCAAACAACAAAGCCUUUGGCACGGAUUGGCUCUUGCUCUGAAAGACAUCAAGACUUAUACUUUUGUCGUGAUGUUGAUCGGCAUUACCAUCUCUGGGGGAGUCACAUUGGUGUUUCCCACUGUCGUGGGCACUCUCGGGUACUCGAGGAUCCCGACACUCCUUCUGACAGUUCCACCAUACGUCUUGUGUACCAUCACAUCCCUCGCAAACGCAUGGCACGCUGAUCGCAGUGGCGAAAGAUAUCUGCAUGUCACAAUCCCAUGCGUCUUUACUGCCAUAGGCAAUAUCAUUCUCGCCACGACGACCGGCCUGGGCCCUCGCUAUUUUGCGCUCAUGAUCAUAAUACCAGGAAUCUAUACUGGCUACGUCGUGAUCCUGGCAUGGAUCUCCAAUUCUAUUCCUCGUCCACCGGCCAAGCGAGCUGCCGCGAUCGCCUUCGUUAGUGGUUCCUCACAAACAGCCAGCAUCUGGACUAGCUACAUGUAUCCUGUGUCAGCAGGACCGAGGUUCAAGGUUGCUUAUUCAGUCAACACCGCUGCUGCACUUUUGGUGGUUCUCGCGGCGACUUGUUUGCGAAUGAUUCUCGUUCGCUUGAACAAGAAGCUCGAUCAAGGCAUUCACGUUGCGGACGCAAUCAACGAACAUACAGAUACAGCAGAAUCGGGUAUCCCUGCCGUGGGUGCUCAAAGGGGAUUCAGGUUCCGGGUCUAG